AUGGGUUCAAGGAUUCCAUAUAGCCAGUCUUCUGGCUAUUUAGGCCUUCUUAACAGUGAACACGAAAGUGUUCUCAAUGGAAACUUUCUUUAUGAGAGUUUUCAUUCUGGAGCAUCAGAAAUCCCUCCGUUCAGUUCCCAACAGUCUGAGGCUCCAACUCCACCUGAAGACACACCCGCGGAGCGUGGGAAGAGACAGAAAUGGACACCAGCUGAUGAUGAGGUGCUAAUCAGUGCCUGGCUUAACACAUCCAAGGAUGCUAUUGUCGGCAAUGAACAAAAGUUACAGAACUUCUGGAAAAGAGUUGGUGAAUACUUCGCUGCAAGUCCUCAUGGUACAGACGGUGGUGCAAAGAGGGAACAUAAACAUUUGAAGCAGCGGUGGCACAAAAUAAAUGAUCUAACCAACAAGUUCUGUGGCGCAUAUGCAGCCGCAGAGAGACAAAAUUGCAGUGGUCAAAACGAGAAUGAUGUUCUCAAUGUGGCUCACGACAUCUUCUACUCUGAUCAUAAGAUCAAGUUUAACCUUGAGCAUGCAUGGUGUGUGUUGAGGUAUGACCAGAAAUGGCUUAACCUUAACCCUCCUAAGGCUAGUGGGAGUUCAAAGAGAAAAGAUUGUGUCGAAGGUUCCCAAGCAUCUGUCAAUGUUGGUGAUAAUGAGACCCGCCCUGAAGGUAUCAGGGCUGCAAAAGCAAGAAGGAAUACAGCUCAAGGGAAGACUGUUGAUGAGUAUAAGAGCAUUUGGGAAAUGAAGAAGGAGGAUUUGGCGAUGAAGGAGAAGCUGUCUAAGCUAGCCAUACUAGACACUCUCCUUGCAAAAAACGAUCCACUCAGUGAGGCUGAAGAAAUGUGA